CCCUCUGCCAGCACAUACACAGACGCCGAGACGAAUAUCACCUUUUUGGGCUACGAGACCACCACAGGCUUCAAGUUCGGCAUGGCCCUGCCCGCCUCGCCCACGACAGAUCUCAUCGUUCAGAUCAUCUCGCCGCUCAAGAACGGCGGCGGCUGGGGCGGCAUCGACUUUGGGAGCGAGAUGACGGGCUACCUCAUGAUUGCCGCGUGGCCCGACACCACUAAGACCGACACCGUCCUGAUCUCCCCGCGCAUCGCCACCGGCUACGAGGUCUCCAACGGCGCCAACGUAUACACCGCGUCCAACAUCACCAUCACGCAGAUCCCCUCGGGCACUUUUGUCAACGGCACCCAUGUCGCGGCCACCUUCGUGUGUGCGGGUUGCAUCGUCGCCGACUCGUUCAAGAGCGACGUCAGCACGGGUUCCGCCACCUUCAGUUACGCCUACGCGCUGACCGCCGUGCCGAACCCAGACGAGGUCGACACCCAGCUGAGCGACCAC